AUGUACUAAUUGGCUAAGUCAAUUCGAAAGAAUUAAAAGGACUAGAAAGUGUUGCUUGACUCUAUAAAUAUGUUUCUUCGCUUCUUGUUAUGGAAGAAUCUUUAAUGUGUGUAGGUAAUUAUCCAUCGUUUUGUUCUUGUUUUACCUAUAUAUUAUCUUUUAUGGGCAUAUUUUCUUGCUUAACUUGUACUACAAUUUCGUUUUCUUUAACUUAUUCAUCUUCGUGUUCGGUAUUUGUGCUUUCAUAAUUAGAAAUUUGCUAAUCUUUUUCAUCAUUAUAUUCUUCUUUAACUUAAUCGUUUUUUUCAAUUUUUAUCUUUUUUUUAUCGUAGCUGGCCUUUUUUCUACCUUUUUCGAGUACAUCUGGUUUAUAUUCUUCACAAGACUUGUGUACAAGUCUCCAAUGAUUUGAUAGAGCUCCUCUGCUUGCUAAAGUUGAUCCACACUUACAAGGAUAGGCGACUCUUUUUACUUUAGUUCUUUUAAUUUGAACUUCAUUCUUUGUUCCUAGCGGUCUUCCCAUUUUUAAAAUAUUUUGCUUCAUUCCCAAAUCGUUGUCAUGUUUUAGACGGAUAUGAUUGUAAAGAGAAGAGUUAGUGA